GAGCGGCAUAUUCAAACACGAGAUGCUGAGACGGAAACACAAGAGCUCUCGACGCUCAGAGAGCCGUCUCGUGUGCAAGAGAAUCUCUCGAGACAAGUUUAAAUCGAGUCCUUGCCCGCAAGACCGUACCUACCAGGAAGUCGGAAAGACGGAUAUCGUGGUGCCAACGGAUGUUGAUGAUGAUGAGUGUGUGGAGAGGCGUGAGGAAGGUGGGAGGGUGUCUGUGUCUGAAGUGUUGCGAGGGAUAUGGAGUAAUAUGGUGAGCAGCAUGAGGGCCGCUGUCGAUUCGGUGAUUUUCGGCGGAGAGGAGGAGAAUGAUGAGAACGCUGUUGGAUUUUUGUCUCCACCAAAGAAGAGACGUUCAAGCCUCUCGGGUCUUCGUACCCUUAGAAAUUCCAGAAGAAACAAAGCCAAAGAAAGUCCCUUGAUUUGCCAUCUCUCCAACAUAACACCCCUAAUGAACAAGAUCUCAACUGCCACAACAGGCUACAGAAAAAGCUCAAUAUCCGGAUCAACACGCUUACAGUCACUUUCCUCAUCCAACAUCAUGUCAACAUCACUGACAUCGAUGUCUCUAUCGACACCUCUCUGUGAAACCGAAACAAAUGACGAAACACUCGGUAGUCACACAGGCUGGAGGAUUCGAAACAACGCACUAAGAAAGUAUUACCAAGUCAGUCCGGAGGACGACGACAAGCAAUCGAGAUCUCAUAACUUUAGUCUGAUUCUUGACUGGGACAUAGAUCCGGAAGAAGCAAAUGAGCGAGACUCGGACGCUCCCAUAGCAAGUUGUAUUGACAUGUCGUGUGAUCCAAAUUUGGAUGAAACAGUUGAAGUCUCUAAACCCAGUGUUCCUCUCCCACCUCCACCUCCACCUCCUCCUCCUCCUCCUCCACCUUCUCUUCCAGCCGUUUCUCAUAUUCCUUUGCCUCCACCGCUGCCUUUGUUGGUAUCUGAAGCUACACAUUAUGAUGAGAAGUCGGAGUCAACUGCAUGUAUUGUGUCACGAUCUACGACGUCGUCAGAUGUUCUGGCUGGUAUGCAAAGCCGAUUGAGAAGCAGGAUUAGGAGAAAGGAUAAGGGAAAGGAUGAAGGAGGGACGAGUGCCGGACUUGAUGUGAAACUAAAACAGUGGACUGAAAUCCAGGCGAGAAGCCGUAAGAUUACGGUAAACGACUUUCUUGUUCUGGCAGAGAAGAAACGUGGAGAAGUAGCAAAAUUAGUUGAGUCGUUGGCUACUUCGUUGCCUAAGUCCGUCGCCGACAUCAAGACGGUGUGUGAAACUCUUUCUGUAGCUUCAGAAUGGUUUUCGGGCGGCAACAAAGAAAUGAAGAGCUCCAUUGCAUUGUGGCCCCAGGUGGAAAGAAAAAUUGAGUUGCUAACUGAAUUUGUUCAGGUUACAGAGGCGAUGGGCUCUUUGUCGACUGGGCCGGUGUAUCGUGAUGUGAUGAAGCAAGCCAAGUGGUUGCGUGAAGAAUUUGAACGGAAGCACAAUGCUUGGGGUCAAGUUUUGCAAUCGAAUGCUCACACCUGGAGGUCUCUUGAUUUAUCUGUGAGCGACCAACUACUAAACACAUCAACUCAAUACAUCGUCAACACAGCAAUACAACACGCACAGCUCACAUCCACUCAAUCCAAACGAAUCACCAAUCUUCAAACCUCGUUGUCCAAUCAACUCGCAGCAAUUUCAAAGGUCAAACAGCAGUUGCAGACGAGCAUCAAUCUUUUGUCUAAUGCAACUGUGUAUAUGAGGUUAGACGCUGUGAUCAACCAGAGAGUGUCACUGGUCACGUGUGUCGCUGAUUGUGCGACAAACUUCAUGUGUCUCGCGUCUUUGCAAUAUUCAGCUUUUGUCAGUAGAAAGAAUAGACAGACGGUUGUCGAGCAUUUUGAGGAGAGUUUGAAAAUGCUGAGGUGUGUGAAGGAGGUCUCUUCUAAGAUGCAGUCUGUUGAAAUGAUGAGUAGUCGACGUUGUGGCGGCUACAUCGAAAUAUUUCCUUCGAGUGAUGAACUAGCCACGGCAUUAUACAAUUCAUGUGUGACACUGAUGGAGCACAUUGCGUCAGCAGCGCAACCCAUUGUAUCAACUCAAGGAAGACUAACACCGUCGUCAUCCAGAGAGGUCAUACUGUGGAUGAUGUUCGGGUGCAAAUAUGUAAACCGAGUUCUCGAGAUGUUAGGAACUGAACGGGCAGACGAGAAAGGCAUCAGUUCACUCCUUGGCUCAUUACAGCAUCUAGAGAGUGCAUUACCUGCUUCAUGAUUUGCCUCGUUUCAGCUCACACAUAGUGUACACAUUGUGAGAGAGUAAGACUGAUUUUAUUGGUAUGCUUGACUAUUCAGUCGGUUUUAGAUAAUUUUGUUGCAACCAAUGUUAUGCUUGUCACGUAACUAGAUAAGUAUGUAUGUAGUAGUUAGUACAUACCAUACUACAUUGGAGUAUCAUUCGUAUACAAUUGAUUGAAAAUGUAUUUUGAAGACGGAAGUAAGGUGAAGUCUCGUUGAUGUAAAUGGGAGUGUUUGACACACACACACACACACACACACACACACACACACACACACACACACAC